AUGGAGCGGCUGCGCGCCUCCCCUGGUCCGCUGCUGGCCGACUGGGGCGUGCCCCCUGUCAUGGGCGCCCUGGCGGGCUUGCUGUGCUCCGACGACUUCUGCGCCGCGGCGCCGCGUCGGGGCAGCCGCGCCAAGAAGCGGGAGUACCUCAACGCCCUCGCGAGGGCUGGUCCUCUCGCCUGGCGGCGACGGGUUCGCUAUCGAGUGGGGUGCUUCUUCGUUGAGGAGAAGGGCUCCACGCUGCGCCUGGUGAUCGAGGCGAGGUGGGCCAAUCGCGCGUGUCGCGCGCCGCCCUUGAGUCGGCUGGCGGUGCAUGGCGCCCUCGCGCGGGCCUCGGCCAGACACGAGUCGUUCUGCUUGAUGCGGGGGCGGCAUGGGCGCGUGAUCCAGGCCUGCGUCGCGUCGGGCGUCGGGGCCAGCAUCGGCGCCGCGGUCAGCGAGGCGUGCGACGACGACCUCCGGACCAUGGACCUCGUCGAGGCGUCCGAUGUGCUAGAGGCGUGCUUCCUGGGCAUGGCCGUGGGAUGGUCGUGGGCUUUGUGCUUCCGCAAUGAGACGAUCUCCGAGUGCAUGAGGGGGGCCCUGCGCGAGGUCGGGCUGCUGGACGUCCUUGUCGGGGGCCGGCGGCGUCCUGCGUGGUGCGGGCCCCGCGUGCUGGCCGUGGCCCCGUGCGUCGAUGGCGCCGACGUGCUGGCAUUGGGGCGCUCCGAGGGGCGCCGUAUCUACGAGCCGGUGCUUGCGGCGAGGCGCCUGUCGGGCGACGCCGUGCGGGUCGUGUGCGGCCACCUCUGCCGCCGCUUCGGACUGCGCCCCCCCUUGCUCUCGAUCCUCCAGAGGGUUUACGCUUUCGCUCGAGGGCACCUGGGGGCCGUCGCUGUGCUGCCUGCCGACGUCUGGGACGAGCUGUGGGUGGCGCGCGCCACGGUGCCAUUCGCCGACUCGGACCUCGGGCGGCCGUUGCGUCGGGCCAUGUGGUGCUCAAGCGCGUCGAUGCACGGCUGCGCCCUCCACGACGCCACCGCGGGUCGUGCCGAGGACUUCGACGUGGGCCAGUGGAAGGAGCGCUGGGGGUUCCGUGAAGUGCUGGAAUGCGUCGACCGCGGGCCCGACGCCGCCCUGGCCGCGUCCGCCCUCCUGACGACGGACGCGGGCCAG